AUGGCAUUCACAAGAUCAGCAAACACCACCACAGCCAGCAAGCCAUCUCUCUUGGGACGCCUGAAGGGCAAUAAUCGCACCGUCACGACUACGACUAAGCACUCGACGAACCCAAUCACUGGAAGUCACACGACAACGACCACCAAAAAGGAAUCCGUACAAAAGCGCAAGCCAACAGUUGGCGACAAAGUCAGUGGUGCUAUGAUGAACCUCAAGGGCACCGUCACAGGCAAGCCCGGCGUCAAGGGAGCAGGAACCCGUAGAAUGAACGGAACUGAUGGCAAAGGUUCGCAUUACACGCGUACUUAUUAG